CAGCCGGGUGUGUCGUGGACAUGAAGGUAAGGUGUAUGGUAUGUCUUCUCGUGACUGGACAUGAUGUUUUGGACAUCUGAGUGUGAGGGAGGACAGGACAUGGUCACAGCAGAACCAUGAGGAGCCUUUGUGGACACGCUGAGUGUCAUGUUUUCUCAGAGGCUCAUCCGACACCCUGAAGGACGUCCUCAUCCCAGCUGGACCGACAAGAAAGCACUGAGAGGAACGUGAGGGUGUUUGCUGUGGUGAAACAAGAAAAGGUGUGAAGGCUGCCGAUCAUCCGGUAGGCGGAGCGACACGUCUUGAGUUUGGACCACACUGGCCACUGGCAGACAUCCUCGUCCACGUCGUCCUGCAUGGACGGAGUGAGCAGAAAAACAGCAUGGAGGUCAUCCAGGUGAAAAGCAACACGAUCAUGAUCGAGUGGCCCAACGUGACGGGGACCGGCCGCCAGGAGCCGAGCCUGAAGCCUGAGGAGAUCCACAAGUCCAAAUGUGUCCUGGGCUUCAUCCCUGUGGUCUACUACAGUGUUCUGCUGUGCGUGGGCCUGCCAGUCAACGUGCUGACGGCGGUGGCCUUGUGGAGGCUGGCCUGCCGCACCAAGAGGGCGCUCUACUGCUACCUUCUGGCCGUCACCGCCUCAGACCUUCUCUCCCAGCUCUUCAUCAUCUUCGUCGGCUUCCUGCUGGAGACGGCGGUCUUCCACCGCGAGGUCCCCCUCCUCCUGCUGCACGCCGUCAGUGCGGCCGAGUUUGCCGCCAACCACGCCUCCAUCUGGUCCACCGUGCCCCUCACCGUGGACCGCUAUGUGGCACUGUGCCACCCCCUCCUCCACCGUCAAAUCAGCUACCCGGCGCGGGCCUGGAGGAUCAUCGCGUUGGUGAUGGCGUGCUCGCUGGCCUCCGGGGUGCCGUUCUUCUGGUGGUCGGACAUGUGGCGGAACGCCGCCCCGCCCACGCCGCUGGACGCCGCCCUCAUUUGGAGUCACGUGAUCAUCAUCUACUUCCUGCCGUGCAGCAUCUUCCUGGUGCUCAACUCGCUGAUCGUCUGCAGGCUGCAGUCAAGGCGGAGGGAGCCCGGCGCCGAGGCGGCCCCCCCACGCCGCCUCGGGAAGGCCACCGCCAUGUUGCUGGCCGUCACCACCGCCUUCUCAGUGCUGUGGGCGCCCAGGACCGUGGUGGUCAUCUACCACCUGCACGUGUCCUCGGUGCACCGCGACUGGCGUGUCCACCUGGCCUACGACCUUUCCAACAUGGUGGCUAUGCUCAACACGGCCGUCAACUUCUUCCUCUAUUGUUUCGUCAGCAAGGCCUUUCGCCGCGCCGCCCGGGAGGCGUUGCUUCUCCGAGGAGGCCCGCGGCAUCCUCGCCGCCUGGAGGCGUCACCGUGUGCCAUGAACGACAAACACCAGCAGCGGGACAGCGCCCCCUCGUGCCCGGAUGACCCUGUGCCCCUUGCCCACAUCAGUUGAGGACUGCUGCCAUCACAAGGUCACAUGGGCACAUUCAAUUUAAAAGACAUCCUAUUGCUGAGGAACAAACAUGGCCGCCUUGGCUUUAAAAAAUGUCCGGCUGAGCUCGGCCUGCCGAGCAAACAAAGUGCAGAUGUCGUGAUAUGUGACUCCGCCUCCUCAAACAACCUCUUGCCGACUCGCCAGCACAACCUCGGCUUUGGCUAAACACACACACACACACACACUCACUCACACUCACUCAGUGAGUACAUUUCCAUUUUGUGCAACAGGGAUCAACAUGAAAUCAGUUAAAAAGUGUAUAAAGUCUUAUGCUAUUUUAUUUAUAACCUGAUUAAAGGAGCAUAGUGCAUGUGGAGUGUGUACAUGACCU